UAAAAAUGCUGAUGAUGUGGAAGAAAGGAGGGUCGAGGAAGUCGAUGAAAAGAAGGUGGAAGUGAAGUGAAGGUUGUGCGAGGUGGAACUUCUUUGUUGGUUUAACGCGUUGACUGCAUUGCUAAAUUCUGCGGAUGGCAGAAAUCACGAAGAGGAGCCCCGCGAGCGGUCCACGAAUGCGUGAAGUGUGGAGCCUGCUUCUGUCACACGAGGAAGCUGGUGGAGCACCUGAAGAACCUACACGGGAUCGACAAAGCCUUCAGCUGCGACGAAUGCGGCAAAACAUUCAGGAGUCCCAUGAACAUAGCCCGCCACAAGUUGAUCCACACAGAUGCCAGGAGUGCCAAAAAGGCUUCUUCCUAAAGACGGAGUACCUGGAGCACGUGAACGUCCAUACGAGGAAGCAGUUGUUCCGAUGCGACCACUGCGGCAAGACUUAUCCUUACAAGAAGAAUCUAACCGCUCACUUGAAACGUCAACACGCGGAUGUUCUGCCCCCAGAGCCCACAAAGAACGACGCAAGGCGCAAGCACGUCUGCAAGGUCUGUCUGGAAGGCUUCGUGCAGAAGCUGACGUUGGAAAGGCACUUGAAGAAGCAGCACGGAUUGCGCGACAAGGCGAAACAUUUGUGCGACCUAUGUGGAGCAGUGUUGUCCUCGAAGAGGAGGCUGAUGGUGCAUAGACGUGCUCACGUGAACGAGAAAGUCGCCAAGUGCGAUCUCUGCGACAAAGAGUUCGCCAGCAGAGAGAACCUGACCAUUCAUCGACGUGUACACACCGGCGAAAAGCCACACGUCUGUUCGCAAUGUGGCAGAGGAUUCGCGCAAAGGACGUCUUUGAUCCUGCAUCUCAGAUACCACUCAGGGGAGAGACCGUACCAAUGCACCGAUUGUGGAAAGGGAUUCAUAUCUGGCAGCUUCCUCAAGAAGCAUCGCAAGAUACACGAGAAAUCGCAGCUCGAAACUUGAUCGUCGUUAGAAGAAGGCGGUAAACGAUACAUAGUUUGAACUUACGAUUUGUGUUAAGAAAUUGUUUUAAUAAAAAUGUUGAACUACACUGAGGCUUCUAUUUUAUUAACGAACGUCUCCAGGUUGCGAUUUAGAGUCGUAAUAUGGGGUUGUUUAGAGUAAUUCCGGACAACUUUUUAUAACUGUAAUUAAAUUUUGUAAAAGUGAUGUGAAAAUUGUUAGGUUCGUUUUGAAAGGAAAUAAGUUAACUAUACUUAUACAGGGUGAGGAAGGUAAACUGUUACAGAGCGAUAAUGCCUAAACUAUCGUAGCUACACACACACUUCACAAAAGUUACACUUCGCGGCUUUACACUUCCACUCACUCACUUUUUAUUUCCAAAGGUUUUGUUACAAGUUCGCAGCCAUUAGCUCGCUAUUACUCGCGACGAAGAAUUGUUCGUCGCGAGUAAUACCGAUUACCAGGUCUCACUAUGUGGAGGUUGCUGCGACUGAAGACCCGGAGAUGGCUUGGUGGCCUUGGUACAGCCUCAGGUCAUAUAACCUAUAUAUGAUAUUUAUAUAUAUUUAUUAUAUAUAACCUAUAGGUUAUAUAACAUAUAACAUCAACCAAUGGUCAUAUAAAAUAGAGCCCCUCGAACCUUUUAACUUUUUGCUGUAAGAUUUUUUUGUAUCCACGAUAAUUCAGACAUCAUCGGUCUGUAAUAGUUUAGCUAUCUCGCUCAGUAUACUUGUUAGUAUUGUAGAUAACACAUAUAUUUCUGGUGACGCUUGAGAAUAUUUUUAAAUAAAUUUGAUCUUACUUGUUUUACUUUUCCU